GCGUCUGAAUCUCGACUCUACACCUUCUCGCCCGAGAGCAAGGACCACCUCCGAAAAUUUCGCCUCACGACCUCGCGCGCCAAGGGCCCCCAGGCAGUAAUAUACCUGAUUGAUAAGAAUACGCACGAGAUCCGCCAGGACGAGGACAAGGUCGUGUACAAGUCCCUCGACGAGAUUGCAGAGGACCUGCCUGACCACUCGCCGCGAUACGUUCUCCUGAGCUAUCCCCUCACAAUGCCGGACGGACGAUUGUCGGUGCCGUAUGUGCUGCUGUAUUACCUCCCUAUAACUUGCAACGCCGAGAUGCGCAUGCUGUACGCCGGCGCCAAGGAGCUGAUGAGGAAUACCAGCGAGGUGGGGAGGGUGAUUGACAUUGAGUCCGCUGAGGACCUAGAGGAGAUCCCUGAAAAGUUGGAGAGCUAG